CUCCACCUGCACCCUCUCAGCAUCUCGACGGACUAUUACGCUCUAUUGCUUCUGCAACAACCAAUUUUGAACUCAGUUUCGAAUGUUGUUCCUGCAUCCUUCUCAAGAUUGACUACUGCAGCGAUCAAUGCUUCUGCUUAUCUGGUGCAUGGAUUACGAACGCUUGCUUUCUACCCUCCCACCUUUGUAUACCGGCGACUACUGGUACUAGUACGAACACCUGCCCGCAACCUUCGAGAUACUGCAGUGCUGUACCUGACCGGAGCACCGCACCGACCUCCUCUCCGCUUCGAAGCGUGCCGCUUGCCUUCUCCUUCUAAGAAAGAGCCCGAAAGCCAUCUUGACUCUGUUGUCAGAACACCUCGUCGUCCUAUAUCGAAGUCCCUUGCUGCGAUUUUGAAAGUACUACAGAGAGGUCUGAACGGCCAGUUUCCGAUGCCAUCAUGAAAGCCGCUCCUCUUCUUAUCAGCUGGCACAAUGAAAGUGCACCCAUAUAUUCUGUGCAUUUCGAUCCUCAUGGCAAAGGGCGGCUAGCAACUGCUGGGAAUGACAACAAUGUUAGAUUAUGGAGCAUCGAAGCUCAAGGAGAAGAGAGGAAAGUCACGUAUUUGUCUACCCUCACAAGACAUACACAGCCUGUCAAUGUUGUCCGGUUUUGUCCCAAAGGCGAGAUGCUUGCUUCUGCCGGCGAUGACGGGAAUGUGCUGUUAUGGGUUCCCUCCGAGUCCUCCAUGGCUACCUUGACAGAAGAACAUGCCGACGACAAAGAAACAUGGAGGAUCAAGCACAUGUGCCGGACCUCCAGCGGAGCAGAAAUAUAUGAUUUGGCUUGGUCCCCCGACGGGCAGUACUUCAUAACAGGAGGAGUUGACAAUACUGCCCGAAUCUUCAGCGCACAUACCGGUACCAUGAUCCGCCAGAUAGCAGAACACAACCAUUUUGUGCAGGGUGUGGCAUGGGAUCCUCUUAAUGAGUUCAUUGCAACACAAUCGUCCGACCGUUCAGUGCAUAUCUACGCUCUUAAGCUCAAGGACGGCACUCCAACGUUGUCUACACAUGGGAAGUUUAACAAGAUGGAUUUGCCCGGCCGACGCAUCUCUUCCCAUAGCCCGGCUCCUCCACCUGAUUUACCGCACCGAGCAUCUAAUGCAAGCGCCAACAAUCUUGCAAUUGUCUCUCCAGCCCCGUCGAACCCCGGCACUCCCCUGACGACAGCUCUUCCGAUGGAUCCCCCAAUGCUGACUGCUAGUCGACGGUCAUCCUUUGGUUCUUCGCCGUCCUUCCGUCGCUCUGCUUCCCCAGCGCCCACACUACCGCUUCCUGCAGUAAGGCCCGAAAUUUCUUCGCCCAGCCUGAAUGCCGCAAUGGGACUGGCCGUGAAGAAUACCAACAUAUACCACAACGAGACGAUGACCUCCUUUUUCCGAAGACUCACAUUUUCUCCAGAUGGAAGUCUGCUGUUUACACCAGCCGGUCACUAUAAGACGGCUUUUCCGACCACUGGAGACCCCACCAAAACCGCGGAAGAUGUCUCCAAUACAGUCUACAUCUACACCCGUGCCGGGUUCAACAAGCCUCCAGUAGCGCAUUUACCAGGCCACAAGAAGCCUUCGGUUGCUGUCAAAUGUUCUCCUGUUCUCUACACGUUACGUUCGACCAGCAAGCCAACCAACCAUAUCACCAUCGACACGUCGUCCGCCAGUGAAGAGAUCCCCUUGCUUCCAGAUCCUAUCGUUCCGCAAAGCACUUCAACGUCCAAGCAACCCGCCUCACUGUCCACCGCAACCUCCGCCCCAGAAUCGAUGGCUGCUCCAUCACCAAAGCCCGCGGUGGAGAACGAAUCUGCCAACUCUGCUCCCCCUCCAGCAUUCUCGCUGCCCUACAGGAUUAUCUAUGCGGUUGCAACUCAAGAUGCGGUGUUCGUGUAUGACACGCAGCAAACCACGCCUCUGUGCGUAGUGAGUAAUCUUCACUAUGCCGCCUUUACCGACCUGACAUGGUCGAACGAUGGACUUACGUUGCUGAUGUCAUCCACGGACGGUUACUGCUCAACAUUGGCUUUCACGCCCGGUGAAUUAGGCCAGGUCUAUACCGGACCUCGCCCAACCUACAAUCAUCCCAUCGUUUCUACUUCGAUUCCUUUGCCGACAGCAUCUUCCAAUUCCACACCCAUACCGACACCCACUGCGGCAGCUUCUCCCUCUUUGACAAAAGCAUCCCCGGUCCCUGCACCACCCUCGAUUCCGUCUCCAGCCCCGUUCAUCAUUCGUCCUGGAAGCCCUGCCCGGUCGAACUCUCAAUCUUCGAUAGCAACGAUGGCAUCUAUACAGACUUCUGGCCUUGCCAGCAACGCCACUCCGACCAUGGGGCAUGUUCCAUUGGUCACGGCCGCCAACUCGGGUCCACUUGUGGGUAUACCUCCCAUGACCACACCGCCUCAAACACCGGCAAGCAUACAGGGAGGACAACAUUCUGCCACAAGCUCAAUUAGCGGUACAAUUCUAGGAAAACGUGAUGUUGGCACGACAAGUGAGAGCGAGAAAGAGGAGGGUAAAUCCAAGAGACGAAGAAUAGCGCCCACUCUUGUUGCUCCAGCGGGCUCGGCGGAGGUGCCAAAGACGGAUGAAAAGUCGUAGGGUUUCUGCAAAACGAGCUGUACUUUGUACAUUAUCUAUUCUUCCGGGGAAUUUGUUUUGAUUCGAGCUGGCUGGCAGGCUGGCGAAUUGACGAUAGCAUGGCGUUGGGAUUACAUCAACAAAGGGAAGGCUGGAGAGGGGAUAACGUCAAGUUCCAGCCACGAGCAUGAGCCUUUGAUAGGAAUAAGCACAAUAAUAACAUUAUACCGAAAUAAGACACGGGUUGAAUAUUCUGUGGAUUGGAGAUGAUUGUGGAUGGUUUGCAGUAGAGGGUACACCGAAG